CUUCACAUUAGCAACAUUACUUGUGCCGAUACUUUAUCUCCCAUUUCUUAUGACAUAUCAGGUGCCAUUCACCUUGACCAAGUUUGAGAAAACUUUGUUCUGCAUUGACAUUGUGGUGGUCAACGUAAUGUUGUUUAUACUGACACUCGAAUGUAUAACAAAACGUGACAAAUGGGAAUGGUUUUUAAACAGUCUUUCAGAUUUAGACGAAGAAGCUGAACUGAAGAUUGACUUUAGUCUGCGAUGGAAAUAUCUUUUAUUUAUGAGCAUAGGGCACAUGCUGUACUUUGGUGAAAUAGGAUGCUGGAUUUAUGUUUACUCAACACCUUUUGGAAAAUAUGUGACAUAUUUUGAAACAGUCACCUUUUUUGCCUUCGGAAACUGGGUUGAAUACUCCUGCCUAGUCAACACAUUAUUCAUAUGCAAUACAUCUCUAGUUUUGAAGAAACAGUUUGCAGAGCUGAACAGAAAGUUCCAAAGAUAUAUACAGAGCAAUAUUUCAGAAGUAAAUUUGGAAGGAAAAAUCAUCAGGAGCAUAAGAAAUAUUAACAAACAUUAUACAGAUCUAGCAGAAAUAUGCGACUGUUUCAACGAUCUUUUCGGAUUGAAGAUAACGAUGGUGCUGUGGCAAGCAGUUCUCCUAAUAUUACGACAAGUUUGUGGACUAUUCAUGAUGCACGAAAUCAACGUUGCUUGGACUUGGCCGGCCUUUUACUUGGUGAUCUUUGCUUUCACUAAGUGUGUGUGUCAAGUACUCUCUAUGGUCCUUUGUCUGAAUUCAACAACGAUGGAAGCAAUUGACAUAUUGAAGACGUCGCAGUUGGUAGAAGAAACGUUGAGGCAUCGCUCCAAAAUUGCUGAAGAACUCAAAAUACUUGUUAGAGUGUUGGAAGUAUUUAAACCUCAAUUCACAGCUUGUGGUUUCCUUGUCAUAAAGAAAAGCACUCUCAUAAGACUACUCGAUGUUGUCGCAACUAAUGUUGUAGUUGUUGUUGAAUUUAGAUCCACACUUGCCCAGAAGGAGCAGAGCUAGGCAAACGACAUUAAUAUUUGUAUCUUUUGGUUAUAGCUUACGUUCUAGUUAUAAAAGUGGA